AUGGCUUAUCGUGCUGCAGGAAAUUAUAAUAUAAGAAAUCAAACUGAUUCUGGAGAAUUUCCAAUUAUUUGUGAAACAUGCUUAGGACCAAAUCCAUAUGGAAGAAUGAUGAAAAAUAAAAAUUCUUCGGAAUGUAAAGUUUGUACACGUGUUUUUACAUCAUUUCGAUGGCUUCCUGGUCGUGGUGCUAGAUAUAAAAGUACUGAAAUUUGCCAAUUAUGUGCUCGAUUAAAGAACGUAUGUCAAACAUGUCUUCUUGAUCUUCAAUAUGGUCUUCCUGUACAAGUUCGUGAUCAAAUUCUUCAGGUCAAUGAUAAUGCACCAAAAGACGGUGCUAACAGAGAAUUUUAUCUUCAACAGCAGGAAAGAAAUCUAGAACUUACCGAUGGAACAACACCUGGUGGUGUUUAUGGACAAAUUCUUGAUGAUGGUAAAAAUACAGUUUUAACAAAACUAGCAAGAACACAACCGUAUUACGAUCGUAAUAAGUCACAUGUCUGUUCAUUUUUUGUUAAAGGUGAAUGUAAAAGAGGUGAUGAAUGCCCGUAUCGUCAUGAGAUGCCUAAAGAUCCAGAUAAUCCACUAUCUCAACAAAAUAUUAAAGACCGAUAUUAUGGACAAAAUGAUCCUGUGGCGUCUAAGUUGUUAAAUAAGGCUAAUGCUUUACCAAAAUUGAUACCACCAGAAGAUAUAACUAUAACAACUUUAUAUAUUGGUAGUUUAGUUGAUGUAGAUGAAGAUGAUCUCAGAGAUAAUUUCUAUCAAUAUGGAGAAAUUACGAAUGUAACAGUUUUACCAGAAAAGAAAUGUGGUUUUGUCACAUUUGCUACGAGAAGUGCUGCAGAGAAGGCAGCUGCAGCAACAUUUAACAAUUUAAUUAUUAAUGACAAAAGGCUUUCUGUUAAAUGGGGAAAACCUCAAACACAAAAAGCAAACUGUACCAGUACAAUUAAUCUUGCUCCUGAUUUACCAGCAAUGUUUUAA